GGCUGGAAGUCAAACUAUGGCACAGUAGUGCAGGUGACUAGCUAUCAUGGUAUGGUAAAUUGUUAGGAGGUGUAUAAAUGAAUCAGUCAGAUUCAGCUGUCUACAGAGCUUUUACCUACAUCAACAUCAACAGUGACCUUAUUUUGUUGAGUGUGAAGGAUGGUGAGAUCAGCCAUGAUGUUCCUCUUGUUGAAUCUCCUGGGACUGGCAUGCUCUAUUGGCGCGACCGUCCCAAGAAAUCUUGCCUUGCGUGGAAAAGCUACACAGUCAGACCUCAUCGAGAACCCAUGGCACGGUUUGAGUCAUGCCUCCAAUGCCAUUGAUGGGAACCGCGAUUCACAUUUCCAUCAUGGGUCCUGCACUGCCACUGACGAAUCCACUAACCCCUGGUGGAGAGUGGACCUGCUUGAUACCUACAUAGUCACCUCCAUCACUGUCACCAACAGAGGGGAUGCUGUUCCUGAGAGGCUUAACGGGGCUGAGAUACGAAUAGGAAAUUCUUUAGUGGACAAUGGCAUUCAUAACCCUCUGGUUAAAACAAUUCCCUCUGUUCCAGUUGGCAGUUCUCUCACCCUUGCCUUUGACCCAGGCUUUAAAGGACGCUAUGUGACUGUGGUUCUACCAGGACAGAAAAGACUUCUGACACUCUGUGAAGUGGAGGUUUAUGGCUACCUUGCCCCAACCGGAGAUAAUGUGGCUCUAUAUGGAAAGGCCACCCAGUCGUCUUUGUAUGGGUUUGGCAUUCCAGGCAAUGCUAUUGACGGGAAUCGCAAUGCUAUUUGGUUAGGAGGGUCCUGCACCCACACUCUACAGGACAUCAACGCCUGGUGGAGGGUGGACCUUCUGAAGACCUACAAAGUGUUCUCCAUCACCAUCACCAACACAGUCGACAGUGUUCCCAGCAGACUCAAUGGAGCUGAGAUACGCAUUGGAGAUUCCCUGGAAAACAACGGCAUCGACAAUCCUAGGUGUGCUGUGAUCUCCUCUAUCUCAGCUGGCACUUCAAGCACCUUCCAGUGUCCGGGCAUGGAGGGUCGAUAUGUCAUCGUGGUCAUUCCAGGGAGGAAGGAGUACCUGACCUUGUGUGAGGUGGAGGUGUAUGGGUCACCCCUGGAUGGGACUGGGCCUACAUGUAACUAAAUCAGAUCGUUAACUCUUAACAGCACCCUGAAAUGUUUGGGGAAUGUAUUGUUUUACGAAAAACAAUUAAUAUUUUUUAGUAUACUUCCAGUAUGUUAAUUAUCAAAAAUGUGUAUUUACUUUCAGUAUACAAAAACAAAUUUGGUCCCCUGUUCUGGAAGUUCUUCUUGCACACUGUUUUUUGGAAGUUUGGGUAUAAAUUGGCCAACAUUUUGUGUAAUACAAAAAUAUUCAUACAUUUUUUGUUGCCUAAUUAUUGGUUAGAUGGUUCUCAUUCAUACUUAGAAAUACAUAUAAUGCUGUAAUACUAUUGCUAUUAUGCUAAAAUUAAUUAAAGGUGAAAUCUUGAAUCUGUAA